AUGGCUUAUCGAGGUGAGCGUUUUCUCCUAGACUUGGACGAGGAGGACACCAGUCCUCCUGAGAACCCAGUUCCUUCUCCCUUUUCUCUUAUUGGAGAGAUUUUGGAGCGAGACCCGGCCCCAGCUGCACCGCCAGCUCCCACUCCCACCGCUUCUUCCACCGGCUUCCCCGCCCACCGACGACGCAACAAGCCCUCUUCCUUCAAGCAAAGACGAGCAGAGCAAGCAGCUCAGGCCCCCGAACCGAGUCAACCGAUUCAGUCAAAUGAUACCGUACCACCAACUACCCAAGAUGAAAAGACAUCAAUCGCCGAGGAGAACAGCAGGCAUCUGGCAUCCAUGUCGGAUGCGCAGAUUGAGCGAGAGCGAGAAGAAUUGAUGGGCUCAAUAGACCCGGGGCUGUUAGAACGCUUUCUCCGACGAGCCAAAAUUGAAGAUCAUGAUGACGAUUGGUCCAAGGAAACACAGAAGAAGCCAGCGGCUGAGCCAAUGCCAAAUGAAUCGGCGCCGUCAAAAUCGAAGAAGGCCGUCUCCUUCGAUAUCCCGGCUCCUGCUACGCAGCCUACGCCCAAGAAAAAUCCAGAACCUAUCACAAAUCAGCGACCAACUGCCUCUAAGCCUCCAACCAAUGAUGAUCUUCCUCCCUCUAAAAUCCCUUCAGACCUUCUCCCGGCAUCCGAACGCCCAAAUCUAGACCCCGCCAUGAUCGAAACCUUCCACUUCCCCCAGCCAAAGAAACCGAUGCCAACACUUGAUCCCAACGACCCGAAUUUCCUUGCAGACAUGCAGUCUCAUUACUUCCCCGAAAUGUCUCACGAUCCUGCUGGGCUCUCAUGGCUCCAACCUCCUUCUGCCGAUGCAGAAGACCCAGACUCCACCUCACCCUAUCACCCCUCCAGCAACGCCAUGGCUAUACACCCAUCUGGAAUUAGAUUCUCACUACGUGGCUCACUUAUUGCUCCCAACACAUCUCUUUCCCUCCCAACUACCCUUGGUCUCCACCACCAUGGCCAAGAUCCGCACGCAGCCGGUUAUACCAUCCCGGAGCUGGCGAUUCUGUCCCGCUCGACGUUCCCUGCUCAACGAUGUGUUGCAUGGCAGGUAAUCGGCCGGAUCCUGUUCCGCCUUGGUCGUGCAGAGUUUGGUGAUCGUGGUGGCCAGCUGUCGGAGGGAUUGUGGCAUGUGAUUGAGAAGGAAGGUGUUGUGGCAGGCAUGUUAGCUGAAGCUGAGGGUGCGUCCGGCCAGUUCCCCAGCAUGCAUUCACGUACCAGCAAGGAUGGCGAGGAUAAGAAAAAUGACCAGGCUGAAGAAGCGAAUAUGCCUAUUGCAUCUGGAAUUGGACGUCAUGCUAGUGCUUCUGCGUGGGCCGUUGAGGGCGUGUGGCUAUGGCAGAAGGGAGGUGGCAGUGAUCGCGGAUUGCUGAAGGAGGGUCAGAUUCGAUCUCAAUAG